AUGGCCGCUGCUGCCAGCCUGCAGGAGUCCCCGGAAUGGGACUUGCCCAAGCUGCGUUCAUCUUUCAACUUUGAGGACGACUACAGGCAUCUUAAGACCAAGAACAAGACGGAAGAUGAAAAGGAUGAUAAGGACACCGAAUUCUUCGACGUCAAGUUCUACCCUUACGACCCGGACGGUGCAGACCCAGUGUUUGCGGCUGUGAGCAAGAAGCAUGUGCAUUUCGAGACAGAGAGGCCUCUGCUCUGCGUUGCUGGAUCAGAUGCCAAAGUCAAGGUAUACGACAUCAAAGAAGGCAAGAUAUUCACGACACUUGUUGGUCAUGGAGGUGAGAUUAAUGAUCUGGCCACUUCUCCUCAAGAUCCUCGCAUCAUCGCCUCAGCCUCGGAUGACACAACAAUAAGGAUAUGGAGCCUGGGUCCUGCCCACGCCAAGCAACCAUGUUUGUGCCUUCUGGGUGGCGAGGGACACUCGUGGAGUCUCCUGAGCAUAGCCUUCCAUAAUACUGGUCGUUAUAUGCUCUCGGCUGGACACGAUCAAGUCGUCAACCUCUGGACUAUUCCCGACCUCCCAGAACAGCAUGUCGAUACGCCAAUAGUGGUUCACUACCCUCACUUCUCCACCUCAGACGUCCAUUUUGGUCUGAUUGACUGUGUCGCGUUCUAUGGCGAUCUCAUACUCUCCCGAGCAUGCCAUGAGGACAAGAUUGUGCUGUGGAAAAUUGAGGGUUUCAGCUCUGAAGACCCUCCUCCACCUCCAUCCACCGCUCCUACAGCAUAUGACCAGAGCAGGACGACUCGCUCUGCCUUUGCCUCGAUCAACUCUCCCUCAUGUCCGAGCCUAUGGGUGCGACUGUUACAAUUCGAGACACCCCAUUGCGGACCACAAUUCUUCCUGCGCUUCAGCCUGCACCACGUCCACGGGCACCAUCCAAUCCUCGUGUUCUGUAAUACGAAGAGCGAGAUAUUGAUGUGGGACAUGGCCCGACUUACCGGGUACCAAAGUUACAUCAACAAAAUCCGUGACCCGAAUCGCGAUCCCACCGUCAGGGUCAAGCGACCCCUAUGGCUACAACCAAAUCACCACAAGAUGAAAAAGGCGGUUUCUGACAAUCCAGUUGACCCAGUCUACACGGCUGCCUUUACGAUGAGGCCGGUCGGUCACCGCGACCCGUUCAAUGUCGAAGGCUACCUGCUGGAGGAGCAGAGCCCGAGACGGUGGAGUCGUGGCAGUCCAAGUACGAUACCAGCAAUUCUUUCAAGAUGA